UUUCUUUCCAUUUACGAGGAUAUUUGUACUUAAUUGAAUUCAUGGGGAAUGACAGUCUGACUUCUGUCAGCUGCAGCCCUUAAACUCCUACUAUUUUAAUACCAUCUCCAUUGGUUAGGACCAGUCUUUCAGCUAAAGCACGAAUUACCAAAAAAAACAUCAAUGAAUAACAUUACCAUACUUUGCUUUUGUUUUACUUCUUUCUUCGUUACAUCCCUAGCAGCAGACACCAUCUCUGCAAAUCACACUAUCGGCGAUGGAGAGACCAUAGUUUCGAGUGGCGAGAGAUUUGAACUGGGGUUUUUCAGCCCUGGUAAUUCCACAGGGCGGUAUUUGGGAAUAUGGUACAACAAGAUAUCUAAAGGGAAAGUGGUGUGGGUUGCCAAUAGAGCAAUCCCAAUAACUGAUAAGUCAGGAGUCUUAAAGUUCGAUGAGAGGGGAGCUCUCAUCCUUGUCAUUCAGAAUGGUAGUGUCAUUUGGUCUUCCAAUACAUCAAGGCACGCGCAGAACCCGGUUGCUCAGCUUUUGGAUUCAGGAAAUCUUGUGGUCAGGAAUGAAAAUGAUCGUCGCACAGAAAAUUUCGUCUGGCAAAGUUUUGAACAUCCUGGAAAUACAUUUCUACCUGGAAUGAAGGUUGGAAGACUAGCUUCUGGAUUGGAUGUGAUUAUAUCAUCAUGGAAGAGCAAUGAUGAUCCUUCUCAAGGCCCUUAUACCUUUGAGAUUGAUGGGAAGGGUUUAGAGCUAGUUGUCAGACAGAAUUCAGUUCUGAAGUCUCGAUCAGGGCCGUGGAAUGGUGUUGGCUUUAGUGGUUUGCCUCUUUUGAAACCAGACCCCCUUUUAAGCUAUGCUUUUGUUUUUAAUGACAAAGUGGCAUACUUAACUUAUGAUAUUAACAGCUCUAUUGCUUUGACCUUGGUUUUUGAUCAAGGCGGUGUCCUGGAGCGGCUUGCCUGGAUUGACCGACUUAAUAAUUGGAUAGUGUACUCAAGUGCACCAGGAGAUAACUGCGAUAACUAUGCACUAUGCGGUGCUUAUGGCAGGUGCACCAUCGGAAACUCCCCAGCAUGUGGGUGUUUGAACAGAUUCGUGCCAAAAAACCAAAGUGAAUGGGUAAGGGCAGACUGGUCUAGCGGGUGCGUUCGGAGGACACCGCUGAACUGCCAGAAUGGAGAUGGAUUUAUAAAGUAUUAUAACAUUAAAUUGCCAGACUCAAAGAUUCGGGCGAUGAAUAAAAGCAUGACAACGGAGGAAUGCAGGGUGAAAUGCUUGAAUAAUUGUUCUUGCAUGGCUUAUACAAAUUCGGAUAUAAGGGGAAACGGAAGCGGAUGCAUUCUCUGGUUUGGUGACCUGGUGGACAUCAGACAAUACACAGAAGAUGGCCAAGAUCUUUAUAUUAGAAUGGCUUCUCCUGAAAUAGUAGCUCACACUCUAGAGGGCUCUCCCAAGAAAAAAAAAGUGGGCAUCAUUGUAAGCGUUGUGUUAUCAGCAUUUCUUCUCCUAGGCCUUGGUCUGUGCUUGUUCCUCCAGAAGAAGAAGAAGCAUAGUAGACAUAAUACUCUUGGUAGGACAAAGAAUAAGGAAAACAAUACAAAGGAACAAUGGUCUAUGACGAGCCAGGAUGAGAGUCUAGAUUUACCACAUUUUGACCUUACUGCAAUAGCUAAUGCUACCAGCAAUUUCUCAUUCAACAAUUUGCUAGGACAAGGUGGCUUUGGACCUGUCUACAAGGGUGCGUUUAAAGGUGGACAAGACAUAGCUGUGAAGAGGCUUUCGAAGGAAUCCAGACAAGGGCUUGAUCAAUUCAUGAAUGAAGUAAAAUGCAUUGCAAAACUUCAACAUCGAAACCUUGUAAAGCUUCUGGGAUAUUGCAUAGAACAUGAAGAGAAGAUUUUGAUCUAUGAAUACCUGCCCAACAAAAGUCUAGACAUCUACAUAUUUGAUCAAAUUCGAAGCAAGUUGCUGGAUUGGCCUAAAAGGUUCCACAUCAUCAAUGGGGUAUCAAGGGGACUGCUUUAUCUCCAUCAUGACUCUAGACUACGAAUUAUUCAUAGAGAUCUUAAGCUGAGCAACAUUUUACUAGAUAAUGAUAUGAAUCCAAAAAUCUCAGACUUUGGUAUGGCUAGAAGUUUCGGAGGGAAUGAAACAGAAGCGAAUACAAGAAGAGUAGUUGGGACAUAUGGUUAUAUGUCACCAGAGUAUGCCAUUGAUGGUUUCUUCUCGAUAAAAUCCGAUGUGUUUAGCUUUGGUGUUUUGGUGUUAGAGACUGUCAGUGGGAAAAGAAACUGGGGAUUUACACAUCCAGAACACGAACUCAACCUUCUUGGGCAUGUAUGGAAGCUAUACAAGGAAGGCAGAUCUUUGGAGUUGAUUGAUGAAUUAAAUGUAGAAUCCUGCUAUGUGCCUGAAGUGUUAAGGUCAAUCCAUGUGGGGCUAUUAUGUGUGCAACACUCUCCAGAACACAGGCCAAGCAUGUCUACAGUGGUUCUUAUGUUGGAGGGAAAUGGGUUAUUGCCUCAACCUAACGAGCCAGGUUUUUUCACAGAAAGAAAAGUGAUCGAAGAAAACAAGAAAGACCUGAGUUCCACCAAUGAAGUAACAAUCACGGUACUUGACGGCAGAUAGAAGCGAGCCAGGCCUUCUUUAAUUUUAAUUUUAAUUUUUAAUUCAGAGAGUCGAUCAUUCAUUCGGCUUUUUAGUUUUAUUUGGUAAAGGAAGUCCAAAAUGGCCGAAUAGAUUUACGUUCUUUUCUUCUCAUUAACGGAAACAGGUUGGCAUUUUGUUAGC